AACAGAAGGCGACGCUUUGCUUGCACUAAGCGCCAUGCGUAGAUUAGGGAGCCCCGCCAAACGACCGUCCUACAUCAACUCGCUUAUCCGCUGUAUGCACUCCAAAUCUCCUCGAGUCCGGCAUACGGCACUUAGAGCCGUAUUUGAAGCUCGAGAAGAACUAGCUUCUAUGACAAGCGCCUCGAUGCCACAGGGCGUUGAUGCGCAACUCCUGGAUGGGCUUUAUUCGGCUCUUUUGACUGCUGUAUGUCCAAAUGACUACCAGACAAUCCCCGACACUAGACCCGACGGCUCUUUUCACAAAGAUCGAGACUUUUUUUACAUCCGCCUCAUCUAUGCCCUGACAGAGAAAGACGGGUGGUGUCAAGGUCUGAGUGAUGGUCAUCUCGAAUGGUGCAUUUCUCUGGUUAACGGUAUCUGUCGCGAGGAUUAUUUGCGGGUCGGAUCCUGCCUUCUCGUGAUCUUUGAGCGCGUCAAGUCCUUGGGCAAGGGUCUUUCUUUCAGUCCUGCUGAGGAGAGGCAGCAAUUACCCAUCGCAGACGCAUGGGACACAGCGCAAUAUGCCUCACGAGACGACCCCUACGUCGAUGGAAUACAAGCCCUCGUGAAAGUGACGAGACUGCAUUUGACAACCUUGGAUGAUCGUGUUCCGAGGGAGUGGUUCGCAGAUCUCGCUGCAAAGGUGCAUAGAGCUUUGGUCAAUCUGCAGCAAAGACAAGCGUUCCAUGUGAAUGCUGGUAUAGCUCAGGCUGAAAUUGACGCUGCAAUAUCCUCAAUGAAGGACUUGCACACCGACCUGGGUCAUAUAGUGGAGGAAUGGAACACAUCACAAAGGGACGACGAAGCUUCUGAAUCGUGAAAGACAUGCAUCCGCAGCGAAGGACUUUUACGCAUUUGUUACACGUUGCAUUCGCAUAGAUCGGUGUCUGGUUCAUGGGAUGGAUGUCGUUUAAGAAUCGUUGUUGUCUUGAUUAAAUUAUGGGAUGAUCAACUGAGGAGGGUAAAAGUACAAUAACAGAAGAUCGCAGAAGGUGUUCGGCAUCAGUCCUGAGCGAUUCUGAACUCCAAGAGCAUCGUCC